AUGUCACUGCUCAACACUACUCUCCAAACCCUCGUGGUCCGGUUGCGCGACAUGUCCGGCAACGUGACGCAGCAGAAGCUUCACAACCGCGUGUUUGACGCAUACGAGGCUAAGUCGCUUGUCUUCCAAGUUAUUUCACCUGCACAGCAACUCGUGAUGAAGCAGUACAGUGGUCGAAUCCCCCCAAUGCACCCCGUCGGCCAGCCUCUCAUGGUAGACUCGUGGAGUGAACUGGUAGAACUGCAUAAGCCGGACAACGAGUACCAGCUUCUGCCGCGGCGUGCACGCAACAACAACGCGUAUGCAGUGAUGUCAGCCAUCUGCUGCAGCGUUGGCUCGCCGUUCGAGAUGGACCACCGGCUGGAGCCUGCAGACUUCAAGCUAGUUUUCAAGUCACAGGCAGAUCAGGACGCGCGCACGGCAUUCAAUCUCAAGCACACGGACAAAGUACCACAGACGAUCUUCUUGGACGGGCUGAUGGAGGCUCCGAAAGCCUCGGCGCUCGUGUCCUUUCACAACAUCCUCACUCCCGCGCACGUGAACAACCUCGCCGGCACAGAGCAGUUUCUCCGAGAGUGGUGCAGGGAGCCUACCGACGGAGACCGCCAUCGCCAGCUAAAGCUUUGUUUUAGCUCACUUUUGGAGAAGCAGACGCAUCUUUUCCUCGGUACCAACGCGGCACCUGGUCGGGAGCUGCUGAACUACGCGAAGGGGAAGAACAUUUUUGUCUAUGGAAAGAAGGGAAUGACGUACCAAUAUGUUCCAUAG